GCCCGUCGGCGCCGGGACAGACGGCCGUAAGGGCGCAGUUACCGUGCUGGGGACUGGCACUUUGAGCCGUGUCGGUGUGCGGUGGCGGCGCGGUCUGGGCUGAAGACGGUGGCGAGAGCUGUAUUCCGACAGACGACACGGCGCCGACCGGACGGGCUCGCCUCCCACCCGCCGACCUGUCGUCCGCCGCGCCCCGUCCGCUGUUCCGUAGUACGACGGUCCGCCCGCGGGCUCUCCGGCGACCCGCCGAGGUCCUCCGCUGACACGGGUCUUCAGACGGGUGCAGCUGCUGAGCGGAAACGGCGGUGUUUUUGAGCAGCUGAGCGGCCGCAGUGAACAUUACAAAGUGUUGGGAUUCCUACUGGACUCGAGCCGUUUAUAAGAAGAGACUUGAGAGACUCACUGGCUCCAUACGAACUAUUUUUUAAGGAAACAGGACGUUUGUUCGGUUACGAAAUCAUCGCCACCUCCGUCAGCGGCAGGGAGACAACCAGAAACUCUGAGUGGUCCCCUCGGUGGUCUCCAGUCUCCCAGCUCCUACACUCGUCAGCAUGGACGGAGCCGCGGCCGACACCCACAUCAAGCGUCCCAUGAACGCGUUCAUGGUCUGGUCGCGCGGCCAGAGGCGCAAGAUGUCCCAGGACAACCCCCGCAUGCACAACUCUGAGAUCUCCAAGCGACUCGGCGCAGAGUGGAAGAUGCUGACCGAAGAGGAGAAGAGGCCGUUCAUCGAUGAAGCCAAGCGCCUCAGGGCAUUACAUAUGAAGGAGCAUCCUGAUUACAAGUACAAGCCUCGACGACGGCCGAAGCUGUCCGCGCCAGGGGUCAAGGUCGAGUCGAGGUUUCCGGUCGGGUUUCCGGAGCUGGACCGGGGUCCUUUCGCAGAGGUGGACCGGCCGGCGCCCUUCCCGCGGCCCUGGCUGCACGCCUGUGUGCCUCCAGAGCUGGAGCUGCUGCCGCGACCCGCGGCGCUGUUCGCCAAGCCCGGCCUGGAGCUGCCGCUGCUGCACGGCGCGCCCUGUCCGCCGCUGCGCGCGCCGCUCUUCGCCCCGCCCGUGUUCGAUCCGCUGACGCUGCUCCGGUGGAGACUCGGCUCUGGUUUCCCACAGAGCCACCCGGCGGCGCGACUGGACACUGUGAGUUACGCACCGCCGCCGCCAGAGGCGCUGCCGCCGCGGUGGGAGAGAGCGGCCAGCCGCGAACAGUCGGAGGAAGAGGAGGAGAUCGAUGUGACGGACGUGGGAGGCGGCAGCGAUGACCCCGUCGACCUGUCGACGUCAGCAGCAACGGGCCACGUGGUCUGAGGCAGCAGCAGAGCUUCGACGAGUAUGAGUAUGGAGGCAAUUUUCUGAGGGGCGGGACCGUUUAUGAGGGUCCCAGUUCGUCCUACCGCUAGCUUCUGCGGACGCUAUGUGAGAGGAUGUGCUGAGCAUUUAGGCACAGGGUAGCCGCUUCUGCGACCUCCAGACAUGUGAUGACGAUGUAUGCGGGACGCGAGUUGUUUGCCGAGGAACGAGUAAGGAGGUUUGCCGGGAAACGAGUGCCGCGAAUGAACGGCUCCCAAGGAACGCACUAACCAAGCCAAAUAUUGUUCCAAUAAGCCGUUUUAUCCAGGCAAAGUGAAGGAAGUAGCUUUCAGUACUCCAUAUUUGCUCGCUGGCAUUUAACUGAGCAUGCAGGUGGAUCGCAAGGGUUGUUAACCCUGGAGGUGCUAAGCCAUCUUGAGCCGGCACGUCGCAUUUCGCAUAGUAAAUGCUUUGCAGUUCGUACCCACAUAUCUGCAACAUGGGAACAGUAUUUAGUACCAGCGUCAAUGUCCUGCAGCUGGAUGAACGACAAUCGUUUGACACUAACGUCUAAUACAGCUUGGAUUCAGCGUGCCAAUUCUGCAAAGUCGCUGGUGCUAAUUCAGAAGCUGAAAUGCAAUCGUCCUGCUAGAACCACCGGAUCAUAUACAGGCUUAGCUUAGCGCAAGCCAUUGAGCUCUGUAGCUUCGCUGCCAAUCCGCUAGCAUAGUUAGGACUGUCUCCAUAAGCGGUGUUGCAGCGAUUGCUCGUUGUCGAUUACGAUAGUUGCAGUGCAAUUGACCCCGUGCAAUGUGUCCGUUUGAAGAACUGAACGAUGUCUGUGCUGCAGUUGUUUGAAAAUAAAACAGACGACGAACCACAAGUGGAAGCGUUACACCAUAAA